AUGAGCUUAGAAUUUCGUUCAGUAACGCAUUUUCGGAUAAACAGAUCUACAGAAAAUCAUUUCCACUGUGGUAUGUUAGUAUAAAGUACUGAAUAGAUUUCUUUCCUGUACAAAGCAUUUAUCGGUAUAUCCGACCAAAUAAAACUAUAUCAAAUACUUAACAAGUAUAGAAUUUUACGCAUGAUAAUUCAUUGGCUGUCUGGCAAAUGGAACGUAUGUAUGCCGUCGUAUUUAAACACCUUACCUUUUAGAAUUUAUCGGAGAAUGCAAAAAUGAAAACGUUCCGUGCAGUAAUUUGGAUAUUAUUAAUAUUUGACACAAGAGUGGAGCUUAAUGAACUGAACGUUCACAAAAUGAUAUUCAGCGGAAAUUACAGCAAAGACGCUCGUCCUAAAAGGAAUGCAACAGAGGCACUUUCUGUAUAUUUAAACUUAGUGAUUUCUUCCAUUCAUGACGUUGAUGAAAAAUAUCAGUCAAUAUCAAUACGAACAAUACUAGAUAUUCAAUGGAAAGAUGAAUUCCUGACAUGGAAUCCUGAUGAUUUCGAUGGUGUCAAAUCAAUCACCGUUCCAGGUGAUAAAAUAUGGGUUCCUGACAUAUUAAUGCAAGACACUUUUUUGUCGAUUUUUAAUUCAGUUGAAAAAAAUGGUAGGGCAAUACUUAAGUACGAUGGGCAUGCAACAAUUUGGCCGGGGGGCCUAUUUAAAGUUGCGUGUAAAAUAUCUGUUAAAAAAUUUCCGUUUGACAAACAAACAUGUCCGCUUGAUUUCCUUUCAUGGACUCGUCCUUCAACUUCGAUCCGACUCAAAAACUCAAACACCGAAUGGAGACCACAAGAUCACAGCAUCUUAGAAAAGGGAGAAUGGUAUCUUCAAAAUGUGAGAAUAAUUAACCAAACUAAAAUAUUCGAAGGCGUGAAAUGGGAUCACGUGUUGUUCUUAAUUGAUGUUAAAAGGAAACCUCUUUUCCACGUUGUUAAUGUUAUCAUCCCUGUUAUGUUGAUAUCAAUAUUGGACGUUAUGUGUUUUGUGUUACCUUCAGAGUCAGGAGAACGGGUGGGAUUGUCGAUCUCUAUUUUCCUGACGUUAACUGUCUUCUUAUCUGCUGUAACAAGUACGUUACCAGAAUCAUCAGACGAACUAGCAGUUUUCUCUUUAUUUCUCGGUCUUCAAGUUUUAGGAAGCGCACUGUCGGUUAUUAUGACAAACAUUUCAUUGUUUUUAUACUUUAAAGAUAAACAAGAAACAUUAUCGUUAAUGGCAAUGUAUUUGGUGAAAUUAUUUUUCAUGGAAAACAAGUGUAGAAAUGUUACAUGGCACACUGUAUCACGGGCUUUGGACAGACUUUGUCUUGUUUUUGCAGCUAUUUGGCAUACAGUUCUAAUAUCGAGCUUUUUAAUUGCAGUUUAUCAAUAAUGCUUAAGAAUCUAAACAUUAUAACUACUUUGUGGGUUGCAAAUUAAAAAUACACCUUAAUUUUAUAGAAAACACAAUACAAUUCGUUACAUUUCUCAUGUAAACAUAUUUAAAAAGAAAAGUACAUGUAAUUGAAUCAGGACAUUGCCUAGGUAACACAAAGGGAUCUUGAUACUAUCAACAUGUACUGUACACUUAAACUUUUUAUUUUCAAAUUAUUUGAAAUGUAAUUGAAAAGAGUGUAACAACUAUCCAUUACCAGAGGGCAUGGACCCAAACAAAAACCCGAGACACAUUUGUCUGUGUUUGUUUACUUUUUAAUCAAAUCUUAAACUAGAGAUAAACAAGGUAGAGCAACAUUUUCGAUGUAGUCCCCACAAUAUCCUUUCGCAUACUAAGUCUUUUGCAAUUUAUAAUAUCAAUGUGUUUAUAAUAAUAUUUUAUAAUAAUAAUAAGUUUAACAAUAAAUAGACAAUUACUAGUAACUAUAUAAAUCAAUGGAGGAGAAAUAGCCGAUUUGUUUUUUCUUGCGU